AUGGACGCGAGGUGGCCGCUGUGCUGCCGCCCCCUGCUGGGGGCCUACAUCCUCGUGUCCCUGGCCACCGCUGCCCUCCUGGGGCACGUCCUGCUCCAUGAUUUCUUGCUGGUCCCCCAAGAGCAGCGUGGCUUCUCCCAAGUGGCUGAGGGGCUUUAUCGAGCUCGCCAGCAGGGAGCCGGCCACCCAGGCCCCCAGGCCCCCCCAGGCCACCACGGCAGUCCCAGAGCAGCUCCCACACGGUGCGACGUGCCCCCCAACAGCCGCUUCGACUGCGCCCCGGACAAGGCUAUCACCCAGGAGCAGUGUGAGGCCCGGGGCUGCUGCUACGUGCCUGCUGGGCAGUGGCCUCGGGUCCCCCGCAUGGGACAGCCCUGGUGCUUCUUCCCACCCAGCUACCCGAGUUACAAGCUGCACAACCUGACCACCACGGAGACAGGCUACACGGCCACCCUGACCCGCGCCACCCCAACCUUCUUCCCCAAGGACAUCUUGACCUUACGCCUGGACGUGCUGCUGGAGACUGAGAGUCGACUCCACUUCACGAUCAAAGAUCCCGCCAACAGGCGCUACGAGGUGCCCUUGGAGACCCCACGUGUCCGCAGCCGGGCCUCAUCCACACUUUACAGCGUGGACCUCCAGGAGGAGCCCUUCGGGGUGGUCGUGCGCCGGAAGCUGGACGGCCGGGUGCUGCUGAACACGACGGUGGCCCCCCUGUUCUUUGCUGACCAGUUUCUGCAGCUGUCCACCUCUCUGCCGUCCCAGCACAUCACGGGCCUGGCCGAGCAUCUCGGCUCCCUGAUGCUUAGCACCAACUGGACCAAGAUCACCCUGUGGAACCGGGACAUCGCCCCCGAGCCCAACGUGAACCUGUACGGGUCCCACCCCUUCUACCUGGUGCUGGAGGACGGCGGCCUGGCUCACGGGGUCUUCCUGCUGAACAGCAAUGCCAUGGAUGUGAUCCUGCAGCCCAGCCCGGCCCUCAGCUGGCGGUCCACGGGUGGGAUCCUGGACAUGUACAUCUUCCUGGGCCCUGAGCCCAAGAGCGUGGUGCGGCAGUACCUGGAAGUCCCUCAGGAGCCGUACAGGUUCAGCGAGACGGCGCAGCGAGCCAUGAGGAAGGCCCUCGCCCUGCGCUACAGGCUGCUGCCCCUCCUGUACACACUGUUCCACCGGGCCCACGUGGGGGGCGAGACCGUGGCCCGGCCCCUCUUCCUGGAGUUCCCCGAGGACCCCCGCACCUGGGCCGUGGACCGCCAGUUCCUGUGGGGAGCAGCUCUGCUCAUCACCCCGGUGCUCGAGGCCGGGAAGGUUGAAGUGACCGGUUACUUCCCCGCUGGUACAUGGUACGACCUGCAGACGGUGCCAGCAGAGGCCCUCGGCAGCCUCCCGCCUCCGCCUCCCGCACCCGUCACGCCUGCCAUCCACAGCAGGGGACAGUGGGUGACACUGCCAGCCCCACUGGACACCAUCAACCUCCACCUCCGGGCCGGGCACAUCAUCCCCCUGCAGGGCCUUGGCCUCACAACCACGGAGUCCCGAAAGCAGCCCAUGGCCCUGGUCGCAGCCCUGACCACGAACGGGGAGGCCCGAGGAGAGCUGUUCUGGGACGACGGGGAGAGCCUGGAGACGCUCGAGCGUGGGGCCUACACACAGGUCGUCUUCCUUGUCAAGAAUAACACCGUUGUGAACGAGCUGGUGCACGUGACCAGCGAGGGGGCCGGCCUGCAACUGAGGAAGGCCACCGUCCUGGGGGUGGCCGCGGCCCCCAAGCAGGUCCUCUCCAAUGGCGUUCCUGUCUCCAACUUCACCUACAGCCCUGACACGAAGACCCUGGACAUCCCUGUCUCACUGACGAUGGGAGAACAGUUUGUCAUCAGCUGGUCUUAA